AGGGCACCAAAUUCGUCAAGUGGGAUGAUGACUCAACUAUUGUUACUCCAAUUAUUUUGAGGACUGACCCUCAGGGAUUUUUCUUUUACUGGACUGAUCAAAAUAAGUAUUUCCCCUGUAAUGAGAUCUGAACCUGAGUGUGGAGCGUGACACGCCUCUCCUAUCUUGGAAGAAAACCCUGGACCUCUUCUCAACCCCCACUGGCUGCUUUCACCUUCCUUUCUCCUUUUCAUUCAUGGAGACAGAGCUAUUGGAUCUCAGCCUUGUCAAGGACGCCAGAUGUGGGAGACACGCCAAGGCUCCCAAGGACCCCAAAUUACGAGAACUUUUGGAUGUGGGCAACAUCGGGCGUCUAGAGCACCGCAUGAUCACAGUAGUGUACGGGCCUGACCUCGUUAACAUCUCCCACUUGAACCUCGUGGCUUUCCAAGAAGAAGUGGCCAAGGAAUGGACAAAUGAGGUUUUCAGUUUGGCAACAAACCUGCUGGCCCAAAAUAUGUCCAGGGAUGCAUUUCUGGAAAAAGCCUACACCAGACUGAAGCUUCAAGUCACUCCAGAAGGGCGUAUUCCUCUCAAAAACAUAUAUCGCCUGUUUUCAGCAGACCGGAAGCGAGUUGAAACCGCUUUAGAGGCUUGUAGUCUUCCAUCUUCAAGGAAUGAUUCAAUACCUCAAGAAGACUUCACUCCAGAUGUGUACAGAGUUUUCCUGAAUAACCUCUGCCCUCGACCUGAAAUUGAUAACAUCUUUUCAGAAUUUGGUGCCAAAAGCAAACCGUACCUUACCGUUGAUCAGAUGAUGGAUUUUAUCAACCUCAAGCAGCGAGAUCCCCGGCUAAAUGAAAUACUUUACCCACCACUAAAACAAGAGCAAGUCCAAGUGUUGAUUGAGAAGUAUGAACCCAACGAGAGCCUCGCCAAAAAAGGGCAGAUAUCAGUGGAUGGAUUUAUGCGCUAUCUGAGCGGAGAAGAAAAUGGGGUUGUUUCACCUGAGAAACUGGAUUUGAAUGAAGACAUGUCUCAGCCCCUCUCCCACUAUUUCAUUAAUUCCUCACACAACACCUACCUCACAGCUGGCCAGCUGGCUGGAAACUCCUCUGUUGAGAUGUAUCGCCAAGUGCUCCUGUCUGGUUGUCGCUGUGUGGAGCUAGACUGCUGGAAAGGGCGGACUGCAGAAGAGGAGCCAGUUAUCACCCAUGGAUUCACCAUGACAACUGAGAUAUCCUUCAAGGAAGUGAUCGAAGCGAUUGCAGAGUGUGCAUUUAAGACUUCACCUUUUCCAAUUCUCCUUUCAUUUGAGAACCAUGUGGAUUCCCCGAAGCAGCAGGCCAAGAUGGCCGAGUACUGCAGGCUGAUCUUCGGGGACGCGCUUCUCAUGGAGCCCCUGGAAAAAUACCCACUGGAAUCUGGAGUUCCUCUUCCAAGCCCUAUGGAUUUAAUGUAUAAAAUUUUGGUGAAAAAUAAGAAGAAAUCACAUAAGUCUUCAGAAGGAAGUGGCAAAAAGAAGCUCUCGGAACAAGCUUCCAACACGUACAGUGAUUCUUCCAGCGUGUUCGAGCCUUCGUCUCCAGGAGCUGGGGAAGCUGAUACAGAGAGUGAUGAUGACGACGAUGAUGAUGACUGUAAAAAGUCUUCAAUGGAUGAGGGGACCGCUGGGAGUGAGGCGAUGGCCACGGAGGAGAUGUCCAACCUGGUGAACUAUAUUCAGCCAGUCAAGUUUGAGUCAUUUGAAAUUUCAAAAAAAAGAAAUAAAAGUUUUGAAAUGUCUUCCUUCGUGGAAACCAAAGGACUUGAGCAGCUGACCAAGUCUCCCGUGGAAUUUGUAGAAUAUAACAAGAUGCAGCUUAGCAGGAUAUAUCCAAAAGGAACACGCGUGGAUUCAUCCAACUACAUGCCUCAGCUCUUCUGGAAUGCUGGUUGUCAGAUGGUGGCACUUAAUUUCCAGACAAUGGACCUGGCUAUGCAAAUAAAUAUGGGGAUGUAUGAAUACAAUGGCAAAAGUGGCUACAGAUUAAAACCAGAAUUCAUGAGGAGGCCUGACAAGCAUUUUGAUCCAUUUACUGAAGGCAUCGUAGAUGGGAUAGUGGCUAACACUUUAUCUGUUAAGAUUAUUUCAGGUCAGUUUCUUUCUGAUAAGAAAGUGGGGACUUACGUGGAAGUGGAUAUGUUUGGUUUGCCUGUGGACACGAGGAGGAAGGCUUUUAAGACCAAAACAUCCCAAGGAAAUGCUGUAAAUCCUAUCUGGGAAGAAGAGCCCAUCGUGUUCAAAAAGGUGGUUCUUCCUUCUCUGGCCUGCCUGAGGGUAGCAGUUUAUGAAGAAGGAGGUAAAUUUAUCGGCCACCGGAUCUUGCCAGUGCAAGCCAUCCGGCCAGGCUACCACUAUAUCUGUUUGAGGAAUGAAAGGAACCAGCCCCUGACACUGCCGGCUGUGUUUGUCUACAUAGAAGUGAAAGACUAUGUACCAGAUACAUAUGCAGAUGUGAUUGAAGCUUUGUCAAACCCAAUCCGCUAUGUGAACCUGAUGGAGCAGAGGGCUAAGCAACUGGCUGCUUUGACACUGGAAGAUGAAGAAGAAGUAAAGAAAGAGGCUGAUCCUGGGGAAACGCCAUCAGAGGCUCCAAGUGAAGCCAGGACAACUCCAGCAGAAAAUGGGGUGAAUCACACUACAGCCCUGGCACCCAAACCACCUUCCCAGGCUCUCCACAGCCAGCCAGCUCCGGGUUCAGUAAAGGCCCCUGCCAAAACAGAAGACCUUAUUCAGAGUGUCUUAACAGAAGUGGAGGCGCAGACCAUCGAAGAGCUAAAGCAACAGAAAUCAUUUGUGAAACUGCAGAAGAAGCACUACAAAGAAAUGAAAGACUUAGUUAAGAGGCACCACAAGAAAACCACUGACCUUAUCAAAGAACACACGACAAAAUAUAAUGAAAUUCAGAACGACUACUUGAGGAGAAGAGCAGCUUUGGAAAAGACUGCCAAAAAGGACAGUAAGAAAAAAUCGGAACCCAGUAGCCCUGACCAUGGUUCAUCAACAAUUGAACAAGACCUUGCUGCCCUGGAUGCUGAAAUGACCCAGAAGUUGAUAGACUUGAAGGACAGACAACAGCAACAGCUGCUUAAUCUUCGUCAGGAACAGUAUUAUAGUGAAAAAUACCAGAAGCGCGAACAUAUUAAACUGCUGAUUCAAAAGUUGACAGAUGUUGCCGAAGAGUGUCAGAACAAUCAACUGAAGAAGCUGAAAGAAAUCUGUGAGAAAGAGAAGAAGGAAUUAAAGAAGAAAAUGGAUAAAAAGAGACAAGAGAAGAUAACAGAAGCUAAAUCCAAAGACAAAACCCAGAUGGAAGAGGAGAAGACAGAGAUGAUCCGCUCUUACAUCCAGGAGGUGGUGCAGUACAUCAAGAGGUUAGAAGAGGCGCAAAGCAAACGGCAAGACAAACUCGUAGAGAAACACAAGGAAAUACGCCAGCAGAUCCUGGAUGAAAAUCCCAAGCUGCAGGUGGAGCUGGAGCAAGAAUACCAAGACAAGUUCAAAAGACUGCCCCUUGAGAUUUUGGAGUUUGUGCAGGAAGCCAUGAAAGGGAAGAUCAGUGAAGACAGCAAUCACGGUUCUGCCCCUCCUUCCCUGUCCUCAGACCCUGGAAAAGUGAACCACAAGCCUCCCUCCAGCGAGGAGCUGGGUGGAGACAUCCCAGGAAAAGAGUUUAAUACUCCCCUGUGAUUGUUCCUGCCAGGCCUUCAGAAUAUGCAUGGCCACUCAGGCACCUCUUAUUACUAAGAUCACUGCCCAGGACCAUCUUCCUGAGAAGCAUCCCUUAGCCUAAAAUCACACCAAAGGGAGAGUUCCGAAAGAAUUCAUGCAGAAGUCCCAUGCCCAGGCUCCAUGUGCCAUGUGGAAGCCUCUGCUGGUCUACUAGUGAAGAGUGCAUGUAUGUGAGAUUUUUGUUCUUUUCUGAUAAUAAAUUAAAGCAAGCAACUUGCCAGCUCCAUGGAACAUUUAAUGAAGGACAGUGUCUUCUUUGAAGAAAAUUGAGCUCAUGGUUUUAUUUGAAGCUCUAGUGUAAAGUAUUUCAAAGUAAUAGAAAUAGUUUGAGAAAUGCAUAGCAUUAUUUAACACUAUUGAACAGCAUUUUUUUUUCCUGACUGCCCCACAACUACGUGCAUAUUAAAUUGUCUCAUCCUUUGCUUUGCAAGCACUGGUGGCUUGCGGUUUGCUGAUUUAUACAUCAUAGAGGCAUCUGUGUAUUUGUUGCUGACAUAGUCUUAUUAGAUACCUUAGUGAUUCAAAUAAGCUGGUUUUCUUUUUGGAAAAAAUAAAUCACUUGAUUGUAUCCUUGCCCAGUGAAGCCAUCCCAAGACGUAGCCAUAUGGAUAGUAUAUUUGGCUGCAUGAGCAAGGUGGCUGCACACUUGAGGCCAUGUGCUAUCUGAAUUGACUAUUUGCACUCAAAGUCCGGGUAUUCGUUGGCUGUUGUCCUGAAAUGAUCAAAUAACUACAAAGGGUCUGUUAUGUUGAAUAAAAAUAGUUGAACUGAUAUAUGUUAAGCAGAAAUUCAAUCAGAGUGAACAGGUUCCAAUGGUUAUUUUGCUGUCUGCCAUUUUUAUGGUUCAUUUAUUUUUAAUAUAGAGAGGAAGAAUGAAUAUUUAUCUAGAGAAUACAAAGAACCACAUAUAAAUUAUAUAUAUUAUCCCCCUGUAUAUAUAUACAUAUAUACAUACAUAUACAUAUAUAUGUAUGCAUUCGUCUAUAUAAGUGCAUACACACACAUACAUGAGAUUGUAGAUGUGUGUUUAUCAAUUGGCAAUGACCCACAUCUCUUCCACAGACUUCAAAUCAAAUUCAGGGAUAAAUGGACAGAGAAGAAAAGGGUCAAACAUCUAGAUUAUAUGGGUAGUAAAUUAUAUAGAAAUACUAAGAGAUAAUUGAUGGAGCCUUUAAUGCAAGUCGAGAUAGAUUUAGAACUUAGAUAAUAAAUUUGAUUUAUAUUUUGCAAGAUCAAAAAUUGGAUUUUAAUAACAGACUUUAAGCUUGUUUUAGCAGUCAGAAUAUUAAGAUAGCAAUAUGGAAAUUUAUUAGUAUCUUCCAUAAUUUUUCAGUCUGGCAGAUUUCAAUUUUAUUCUAACAUUAUAAAAACUUUCAUUAUACAUUUAUUAAGUAUACUUCAUUCACUUUACUGUGUCUUUAUAAAUUCUUAUUUUAGGUGGCCUAAGAAAAACAAAUUAUAUCAUGGUAACACUGAUCAAAAACAUUAUCAAAAGAUCUUAAAUAAGAAGGAAUAAUUAAGUAGAGGAAAAUAUAAUUUAGAGAGUAACACAGAGAGCAUUGAAGUUCAAUCCCAGAGACAAGAUGCUCACAGCUUUAUUUUACUUUAGAAUAAACCUGUCUGAUUGUAGCUUAGCAAAAUAUUUUCAAAUGCAAAAAUCAGUUGUGUCCCAAAUAUUGUUUCAAGAAUUUAAUAUUUUUAUGGAAAUUAUUUUAUUUAACUUUAAGCAAUAACUAGGAGUUACAAUUAAAUUUUAAUCAAAAUGAAGGCUUAGUUUAAACAUUAGGAAAGAGUGAUUAAAAAAAACACAUCUAGGAAGACAGAAGGGGAAAAUCACAUCCUCUUUGACAUGAUUGUAUUUUGAUCAGAAAGAGUAGGGGUGUUAAUUAGACACAUAAUAAAACUUAACUUCCACUGAAAGAGACAUCUUUUGUAAAUUAUUCUACUUUUGCACUUUGAAAGAAAGGCAUUAAUCAUAAAGAAUAAAGAAUGGUAAAAGUUGAAUGCUGCAUUUUUAUAAACAGAAUUACGGACUGUCUAAAAUUGCAGUAGAAUGAACUAAUAAUAGCAUUCAUAACCAAACACAGGGGUGAUGAUCGCAGAACAUCGUGCCACAUUUUAGUCCAGAGAUAGACUAAGGUCGCAUAACCUUAACUUACACAAAACUGUUUUGGUAGUUGAAUUUCAUUAUCUUAGUGACUCUAGUCAUUUUACAAUAUGUUUGUAUUUGGCCAUUUACUGUAAUCACAUUUUUAUAUCUGUACAAUGACACUUUUUGCAGCUGUGGGGUAGUGUGUAAGUAACAGUGUCCACCUUGCAUCAUUGAAACUACUACAGUGAUAAUAUCAUUUAAUAAUAUUAAUAUUACUUGAAAUAGACUAAGAUAAAGAAAAGGGGUCUAUAUGAUGUGCAGUUUUGUGCCUUUAUGUAUUUGCCUUGUUCUUUGUUGAAUGUGUGAGAUUUGUACUGUGGUUUUCCUAUAAUAGAGAGUAGGACCAUGUAUUAAAUUAGACUGUGUCCCUCUGAAACACUACUGAGAAUAACAUGGUUCUGGCCAUGUAAAGCAAUUUUCAAAGUUCUAAUGUGGUUUUGGUUUUUAACAUUUCAUUUUACCAUUUCAGUAUCACCAUGCAUUAAUUAAUACUCCUGUAGUAGAUAAGCAGUUAUAUAAUUCCGAAAGAAAGGGCCAUUGCUUGCUUUCCUUUGAAUUUAAUGUUGCACUUGUACACUGUAUUAAUAUUGUUCGUGAUGGAUUGGACGUUGUGACUUUUGCCUUUUAAGAAGAAAAAAAAGAGAUAGGACAAAGUAUUUGAAGCUCUUAAAAUGUACAUAUUUUGGUUCUUCUAUCUCAAAUUAUUUAAAAUGCAUAAUUCACAUUUUUGUAAUAAUUCUAUGCAAUUUUGUGGCAUGAUGUUUCUUCCACUUGUAAUUUUAUGUGCUUUCAUCACAAAUCCAAAGGAAACAAUAAAAAUUUCUUAACACAA